AUGGAUGACAGCGAUGCCAUAAAUCGUGCGAUCCAAGCACCUGGAAAUCGAUGUGGUGGUGGCAACGUAACCUUUGGUAGAUUCUGCGAGUCUUCUACCGUUACUCCAGCACUUGUAUACUUCCCGCCCGGCACAUACCUAGUCUCAAAACCUUUGAUCAUGUACUAUGCCUCCCAGAUCGUGGGAGACGCUGUCACUCCGCCCACUAUCAAGGUGCAAGCUAAUUAUACCAAUGGCCAAAUUGGUCUGGCCGUGUUCGAUUCGCUUCCCUAUAUUCCCAGCGGCAGUGGGAACCAGUGGCAUGCAAAUCAGAAUAAUUUCUUUCGCCAGUUACGAAAUUUCAUUAUCGAUAUGACCGGCGCGCCUUUGACCUGCGCCGGUAUUCACUGGCAGGUGGCUCAAGCAACCAGCAUGCAGAACAUUGUAAUCAACAUGGUACCGAAGGAUGUCGUGAACAAUCAGCAGCAAGGUAUCUACAUGGAGAAUGGCUCAGGAAGCUUUUUUUCUGACAUGGUCAUCACUGGUGGCGCAAUUGGAGCAUACCUAGGAAACCAGCAGUUCACCACGCGAUCGAUCAGAUUUGACGGUUGUUCGACAGCCAUCAAAAUGAAUUUCGACUGGUUGUGGCUGUUCACACAAAUUACGAUCGUCAACUGCGACGUCGGUAUUGACAUGAGCAAUGGAGGUACAGCAAAUCAAGCAGUCGGCUCGCUGGUACUCAUCGACAGCAACAUAGCUGCGACGCAGGGCAUUAUCACUGCAUACAUACCUGGCUUUAGCUCUCCACAGGCGGCCGGUACCUUGGUGAUAGAAAGAGUUGACUUCACAGCUAGCAUAAGUGCGAUCUCAGCAGGCGGUGGCACAGCGGCACGCACUAUCCUGGCCGGUGGCCAGUUCGUCGAGCUCUUCGCGCAAGGUAAUGCCUGGACAACAGCUGGACAGGCUCUGAAUGGCCAGGUCUUUAAUGGCACCAGCUGUGUCUACGAGAACGCUAGCCAAACGGUAUACUCCGCCCAAGAAACCACGAUCCAAAGAAAGCUCGCACCUAUCCCUCGGCCAUCGAAUCUGGUUGACAGCUCUGGCGCCUAUGUAUACCGGGUCAAGCCGCAGUACGAACAACUGAAUUGGGCAACUGACUUCAUCAGUGCGAAGGCCUUCGGCCUGGUCGGAGAUGGCGCGGCUGAUGAGUCGGUAGCCAUGCAGAAUUUAUUCAACACGGCCGCACAGCAGGGGAAAAUUGUCUAUUUCGACAAAGGUGCCUACGUGGUGACGACGACAAUCUUGGUGCCCAAGGAUCUCAAAAUCACGGGCGAGUUGCUCAGCAUCAUCAUGUGCCGGGGUCCAUAUUUCCAGGACGAAUUCAAUCCCAAGGUGAUGUGGAAAAUCGGGAACCCGGGCGAGGUCGGCACGGUAGAGCUGUCCGACCUGAUAUUUGAGACUCAAGGCCCGUGUGCUGGUGCGAUCAUGAUCGAAUGGAAUAUCAAGGCCGCCGGACCUGCUUUAGCAGGCAUGUGGGAUGCGCACUGGCGUAUAGGUGGGACCGCUGGUACGCAGCUACAGCAGAAUACCUGCAUCAAGACACCUGCAAUUCCCAUAGCGCCUGGCCACCCGAAGUUGUCGGCUUGCAUCGGCGCGUUCCUUCUGCUGCACAUUACGAAAGAAGCCGACGGGUACUUUGAAAACACGUGGGGCUGGGUCGCGGAUCACGAGCUGGACAUGGACGACAGAGAACAGAUAUACAUCUUCAACAAAGCGGGCUUCUUGAUAGAAAGCGAGAACGGCCCGGUAUGGAUGUACGGGACGGCAUCUGAACACUCAGUAUUCUACGACUAUCAGUUCACCAACGCGAGGAACAUCUUCAUAGGCCACGUCCAGCACGAGACGGCGUACUUCCAGGGUAACCCCAAUGCACUACUCCCCUUCACGCCGCAGGCCAGUUGGCACGACCCGACAUACGAGGACUGCGUUCAGGCCAACUGCGCGCGGACGUGGGCGCUGCGCUUCGUCAACUCCAGCCAGAUCUUCUUGUACGGCGGCGGCGCGUACAACUUCUUCGAGAACUGGAACACCCAGGCAUGUUUGGGGACCGAAAGCUGUCAGGAACGCAUGGUCGAUAUCCGCAACUCGUCGGAUAUCUACCUCUGGGCACUGAGCACCAAGGGCUCGCAGUUUAUGAUCAGUUAUGAGGGCACGAGUAUCGUGCCUUAUUCGGUGAAUAGGGCGAAUUUCUGCGAGACUAUUGCGCUAUUUGAGUUGGCUAAAGAUCAGUGA